CAUUCGUUUGCUGGAGUCGGAGCGCGCUGCGGGGCGACACUGCACCGCCAAGGAGGACGCACAAGCACGGUAGAGGGGGGACUAGAGAAAAGGGAAAAAAGACAGAGAAGGUAGCGCACAGGGGAGACUCAUAGCCUACCCCCUCAUUUGAAUACUGGAAGAAAAUAUAACAUUGUCGGACCUUUAGACAUAAGAAGACAACGAGGCGGAAAAACCCAGGCGAUUAUAUUUUAGCCAGCACGGCGGGGAAACAAUGAAGGAUCGUACACAAGAACUACGAAGUGCUAAGGACAGCGAUGAUGAUGAAGAAGUUGUCCAGGUUGAUCGGGAUCACUUCAUGGAUGAGUUCUUCGAACAGGUGGAAGAGAUCCGAGUCUGUAUAGAUAAGCUGUCAGAAGAUGUGGAGCAGGUCAAGAAGCAGCAUAGCGCCAUCCUGGCAGCGCCCAACCCUGACGAAAAGACCAAGCAGGAGUUGGAGGACCUCACAGCUGACAUCAAGAAGACAGCCAAUAAAGUUCGCUCAAAAUUAAAAGCAAUCGAGCAGAGCAUUGAGCAGGAGGAGGGGCUGAACAGAUCAUCUGCAGACCUGCGAAUUCGUAAGACACAGCACUCGACGCUGUCACGCAAGUUUGUAGAGGUGAUGACCGAGUACAACACCACGCAGUCCAAAUACAGGGACCGCUGCAAGGACCGUAUCCAGAGACAGCUGGAGAUCACUGGGAGAACAACCACCAACGAGGAGCUGGAGGAUAUGCUGGAGAGUGGCAAGCUUGCCAUUUUCACCGAUGACAUCAAGAUGGACUCUCAGAUAGACAAGCAAGCCCUGAAUGAGAUUGAGACCCGACACACUGAGAUCAUCAAGCUGGAGAACAGCAUCCGUGAGCUGCACGACAUGUUUGUGGACAUGGCCAUGCUGGUCGAGAGCCAGGGCGAGAUGAUUGACAGAAUUGAGUACAACGUGGAGCACUCCGUAGACUUUGUGGAGCGGGCGGUGUCUGACACCAAGAAGGCUGUCAAAUACCAGAGCCAGGCUCGCAAGAAGAAGCUCAUGAUCAUCGUCUGCUGUACUAUUCUGGGAGUCGUCUUGGCGUCCACUAUCGGCGGAUACCUGGGCUUUUAAUGACGACGACAACGAUGAAAGACGGCCACAAGAGAAAAAAAAACACAGAGAGAAAAAUAUCAUAUACAAUAUCAGAUAAGGAAAACGUUCUAAAAGUGGUUGGGUGGGGUUGAAAAAACAAAGACAAAAAAAAUACGACAAUAAACAUACAAAUAAACAUAAUAUUUGCAAUGUACAUGUAAAUGUAUUGAACAUAAGAAACAGCACAUGGGUUAGCUACCUGGAAAGAAAUAUGACGUAAAAUAUUUUUUUUGGAACGUUUCAUUCUUUUUUGGGGGAUCUCCAGGACAGUGCCAAUGACUGCUAAAUUGUGUGUUGUUCCAGCAAAGGUAGUUUACUUGGAAUGUGAUUUUAGAACAUAAUGCACAAAACUGUAGAAGGGAAUUGGGAUGAUCGGUGUACCUUAUUUCAUAGAUACAAUAAUCACGUUUCGUUGGGAGACACUGACUUUGGUUUUGGUCUUUUAGAGACUUCUCAUGGGUUGAUUAUUCCUGUCAAUCAGGUUAAACAGCCAGUCAAAUUAGUGUAGUCAACUUGAGUAACCUGCCAAUGGGCUAAUCAAAUCUCCUAGAUAAGGCAUUCAUUUGCAACAAUGUCUUUUACUUCGACCAAUAGGGACAGGAGCUUACACCCAUGGAGCUGUUACAACGGCAGAUGAAAGGCGUGGCACUGCAGUAGAAGGUUUAAGAAAAACAACUGACAGUUUGCAGGUGCCCCAUCAAAGCCCUUCUCUGCUCUUAUCCAUACAGUAGGAGCAUGGAGUGAGGAAUGUCUCAGGGUCUUCAGCUAAUUCGAUAUGUCUGUGGCAGAAACCAAAUUCAGAGAGACAGAUUAGAGAGGUGAGACAGGAGGGGGGGGGGGUAAACCGACGGUCGAAACGAUGCAGUUUUGACAAAGAAAGCCGAUCAGCUCGAGUUUUCCCAAGGAUGUUAAAAGAGAACAGACAGAGUAAAGAUACACCAGAGAGGGAAGGACGAGGAGGUGGUGAAAGAAAGAGAGACCUAUAGCCGUCACGCCUGUUCUACAGAUUUUGCAAAAAAAUUGGAACAUGUUAAAAAGUCAAGAUGAAAAUUGAACAACGGAAUCUCAAAACUUGAAAUGCUGGCUAGCCCUGGUGUCGAGUCUCAUGUCUUGCUUUGGAAGUGGUUAGUUCUACUGUGGUCGUGUAGUGUGUGACGUGUCCUGUGACAAAUAGUCUGGCCUCAUAUUUCCAAUAAUGGACCUUUAGCUAUAUUUAGCAUUUUGCAGUUUGCUUUAUUUUAAAAACAUAUAAGCAAAUGGGUACUUUGAAUGGAACAAGUUUGUGUGCCCCUCUAUGUGAAAUUGUAUUUUUUACUAAGCAAAGAUAUAAUCUUAAAAAACACGCAACUAUAGAAUCGAUUCAUAAAACAUGUUAGGUAUUGAUAAUCUAUCAAUCGGUAGGUCAUGUUGAGUUUUAAGGGUUUUAACCCUCCGCUUCAGUUGUUUGGGUGCCAUUUCAUAAAGAUGGGCGUUUCCCUCUUAAUAGCCCAUUGGUGGUGCUGAACUAGUACCAGUUCAGAAUGACAAGGUCAGGAGAGAAUACUGUGCUCUAUGAUUGCACAAUCUACAAACCAAUGCCAUUUGAGUUCAGGCUAAGAACAGAUAUGAAUGCUGCUACAUUUAUCUGAAGGAGACAACUCUACCUUGCCAAGGAAAUAUGCAUGGCAACAUGACACGGAUGUCACAGUGACUCUGUUGAAGCCAGCGCUGUAAUGUCGCAGAUUAAGAUCCAAACUGCGGGAAUGACUGGAUCAAAAUCAUGACUCGUGAGCCUCUUGCCCUCGAAGUCCCAAUUCCCUGGCAUGCGUUGAUGGUGUUGGCCCCCGACUAGAUGAACUGAAGCGUUCUGACUGUUUGGGGUCACCUUCAUGGAAUAGUGUCCCAGUGUAGUUCAUAUGACAAGGCCUUAUACCCCCUGUGUUCUAGAUUGGACAUGGACCUAAUCAGAGUGUAGAAUAUACUCUAUGAUCAAUAGAUAUUGAAAAAAAGCAACAACCUUAUUACUGGUAUAUUGAUUUGAUUAUAGCCAAUUUAAAGAGUAACCCAAUUAUCCUUUGACGUUAGCUUCCUAUAUGUAGGAACGUCAUAGGAUAUAAGUUGUAGCCUGGCGGUUAAGAGCGUUGGGCCAGCAACUGAAAGGUUGCUGGUUCAAAUACCUGAGCUGACUGGGUGAACAAUCUGUUUAUGUGCCCUUGAGCAAGGGCACUUAACCCUAAUUACUCCUGUACUACCCUCUGGAUAAGAGUGUCAGCUAAAUGACUUAAAUGUAAGUCAGAAGUUGUACUUUUCUUCAUUUCAAGUGCCCAAGCAGACUAUGUUGGCCACUACAAGAUGAAACUGUGUUUUCUUGUAAUUGAUACUUUGACUGUAUAUGUAAUAAUUGUAAGGAAAAAACAAUAUGUUGUCAAAUGUUUUCUUAAAAUACUAAUUUUGUGUUGAAUAUGUCCUUAAUAUUGUAUAUUCAAAGGGAGGAGCCAGCUUUCAGUUUUCUGAACUAUGGAAAUGUAGCUAAAUUCAACAUUUCCAAAUGCCAAAAGUGACUCUGUUCAGUGUAAAACCAAAGGCAGAUGAUUUUACUUCACGGGUGCCCCAACACAGAUAAUCACGUUAGAUUAACCUUCUGACACAGAAUAGUCUAUUAAUGCAAAUCUCACAGGACAUUGGAUAGGAUAUUUUAGAGUUAGACCUAAUUCAUCUUACCUAUUGGCUGCUACAAAAUCAAUACACACCCACUCACCCUUCACAGUUACAUGGUCAUUCCCCUGUCAUUGUCAUCAGCGAGGAACGUUAUUUUCUAAGUCAUCGGUUUCUUGGUGAAUUUCUAAGCCAAGUGGUCCUAUGAUGGUCAUCCCUGACUGACUGUCAUUCAACUGUCUCUGUUGUUGUCCAAACUUUAAACUAUAGUAACUACAUUAAAGUUAUGUUCCACUUUCAGCUCAGCGGCCAACCAAAUCAUGUCCCUUUCAAGUGCUAAGUAGUAGUUAGCUGAUGCUUUGUGCUAAGGCCCGCCAUAUCAUCAUAAGGACAAUACUUGCAAUAAAUAGGAAGCUGAAACCUUCAGUGAAAGGUUCAGUCAUUUCACAUAUCCAUGCAAAAGGCUCUUUGGUUCUGAGUGUGAAACAGUGGCCUUUGAUAGUGGGCUGUCCUUACAGAAUGGGAGUUUGCGUUGCUGACUUUUCCCAUGGACAACCACAUAACAUUGGGAGUUUGGCACUCACUUACAGCUUGGAACACAUUGAGCGAGAAACAACAACAAAAAUUGCCUCUAUUUUAACAUGAUUUAACUUCAGGACUAACCCAUGUCACUGUUUUCUACGUGCAUACCGGUAACCACUUUUGAGUUCUGUACAAUCUCGAUCACCACAUGAGACGUGAUAUUUCCCACCAUGACUUAAAGGCGCUUAUAUUACUUUGGUGAGCCUCUGAAGUCCAAUUUGUAUCUUUCCAUGGCAAGAACGUCUUUCUGCAGCAAGAGAUAUUGAGGGCAUAGGAAUGGCAAACGGGAAAUGUAGGUUAAUUCGACCAACAUCUCCACCCACAGAUCCAGGAGGGAAUCUGACUGUAGUCCUCAAGUCAUUCCAGCACUGGCCAGCAUGUUAUUUUUAAGCUUCUGUGUAUUUAAUGUGUCCAACCACUUACAUGUACAGUUAAAAUGGGGUUAUAUUGAUGUCGUUGUUUUUUAAAAGGAAUAUGGCUAGGGAGCCCUUAUUCUUUAAGGCAUGCAACUUUCGGCUUUGUGAGUUUGCAUGGUGAUUUCUGCUCUCGAUCAUGUGCGCACUUUACACUCUAUAAGAAAACACUGUCUAUCACAUUCACGGUUUAAUUUAUCGAUCGAUUAUUUCUAUUUACUCACUGGGGACGGGGUGAAGGCUUAUAGUUAUACCACUGCUGGUGUCUGUUUUAUUGCAAGUCUACAGAGACACCAUAUUUACAGUGGUACGUCCAGAGAGGUGAUCUACGUAUGUACGAGUGUGUGUAAACCUCUGGGUACUGUUUGGUGCAAAAUGUCCUCUCACCCUUCCUCCAGAGUACUGUAGUGUGCGGAUUUUCCCCACCAUGACAGAACCCCUAGUAGUAAUUCUGAUACAUUCCAUUCUGUACCCCUCUUUCUCUCCCACGGCAUCUAUCCCACGUUGCUCUGUGUGCUUCUAUGGUGGCGUAUGUGUCCUUUGUGAGGAAACGUUAAUCGUGAGUCUUUAAGCUGCGACUGCAACUUGUGAGCUCCUAGGCCUUGUGUGCAUGCCCCUCGUCCCUGGCACACACAAAAAAACGAUGGUGCGUGUGUGUGUUUGUGUGUGAGCAUGAACGUUUGUUUGUGUACAGUAUGUGUGUGCACGUCUGUGAUCGGCACAGAUCAGUUGCAUCACACAUUGAGCACGCGACUAGGCGUAAGGGCUGUUUGGGUUUAGCAGGUCCAUGGGUUGUAGCUGUUGAGUUCCAGUUUUAUGUUGAAAACAGAACAACAAAAAUACACUAUUUCUAUAUGUUACCAAAUUCAAACCAAAGCAUUUUGCCCCACGUGUUCUCAGUCACUUGAUAAAAGAGCACAAAGAAAGUAAAGUUUACAAAAAAAAUGCUUAUAAUAUAAUAAUAGGAAUCUAGAGUUAUCAUCCAGCUCAUUCCCCCUCCACUUCAAAUCAUUGUAUGGUGAUCUGUCAGCUAAUUGAUUCAAACGUUGGAAAUGACUUGUUGAAUAGACUUCACAAAUUGUCCUUUAAUCAUUCGUAGUUUGUAGUCUUCAUGGUUGCAACAGUGAGAAGAGAUGGAUAAUCAUAUGAUGUACAUGCAGUCCUCUGACACUUGAGUCCAAAGGAGACAACAGUGACUACUAUUAUUUCUGUAUAGUCUAUACACCUAUCUUUAUGCACACAAUAUCUACAUGUUUUUUUUGUUAUCCCCUCUUUACCACCCAAUUCAACGCCCACUUGCUUUGCUUUCUGUGUGCUGGCAACACACCUGAAUGGAGUGUACCCAGAUCAACUUUGGUGAAUAUAAGGGCACUGACCUGGAUGAACCAAAGUAUUCUAUGUUUCUAUUCCUGUAUUGUUUUGAAGUGAAAGAUGUGCCGGGUGUGCGGCAUAGGAAUGACGGUAAUGACCUGGCCAUCGAGCUUCUGUCAGUGCAAAGCCUUGUCAGUGCAGCCAUUGGAAAGACAAACGUUCUUCUGGAAAAGGGGUUUGAAUAUGGUCUUGAACUGCAAAUAUAACCCGUUAGAUCUUUCAAAACGAAAUAUCAUGUUUUAUAUUAUCAUGGUUCAUAUUUGGAGUUUCGCUGGCUAUAUAUAUGGGCACCCAUAAAUAUUUGCUUGUUGUAGCCACAAGAAAUCCAAGGCCCUAUGCAAUGGCCCCUGGCUUUAUCCUCACCGUUAUGUCAAUAUUCAAACUGCUUUCACAGAAGAGGUUCAUUUCAACAACCAACUAAGCCUUCUUCAGAGAUGCUCAUUUCUAUUGUGGCUUACUAAUGUGCUACUGUUAUUUGCCACGACGAAACCGUUUGUUGUUUUCUUUGCUUUAUGGUCCUAUUUUGGAAAAUACUCACCAUAUCUCACAACAGUAUUCCUUUGUAUCAGUGUUCUAAUUGGGAGCGGGGUUGGCGGUGUAGGAAUGGUGCCCCGAAAUUGUGACUUCAGAAAGUUGAUCAUUAUCUGAAUGGCUAACAGUAGGUUAACAGAAAACUGAAUAGAUAUUAAAUUAUAUUAUUAUAAUGAGAAGACAAACUGAGGGAGAAAGAAUGGCAAAAUGAUCAAAUGCUAAACUAAAAAAGUGAGUGAUUAUAUUAUAGCAAUGAUUUAAAGAAAUAAAGGAGUUAUGUUAACAAAAAUAAUAGUAGUAAUAUUGAAUGCUCGCAAUUUUGUCCAACUGAAAUGGAUCUUUGUGUCUUGUAAUUAUUGUAAAUACUUCAAAGAGAGAAAAAAUGACUUGCAUGUCCAUGUAUAAAACUACUGAGAAACUUGUUCCGGUCAAAGUUGUGAAGUAGUUCGAUCUCUGCCCUAUACCCACUGUCCACCCUCUUUGGACUGACUGUCUGUACAUAUAUGUUCUUUCAGUUUUAAUGUGUGUUUGGAGUGUUUGGACAAAAGAAAGAAUCAUUUGUGUGACCAACCAUAUCAGUCAAAAACCCACCCGUUUGAUUUCGUUCAGAGGCAUCCGUCUCUGAUGAAUAGUGCUUCCCUCCAUCCGUAGUAAGAAGGGAGUGGCAACGUACAUGUUGCCAUGUUGUCCUGGUUUCCUGCUUCCAGGCCAAAUAUGAACUCAAACACUCUCUUUGUCUCCAAUUAAUAGCUGGUAGUCAGCCAAAAACAGCCCUGUCAUUGUGAUUGGUAUUGUCUUGUAUAAUGACAAUGUCAACCUUGUCACUUGGAUUUGGGCUUCUUCUCAUGGGUCCAGGGUCUCUCAUCGCUGUGGAAAGUAUACUGUGGUGAAAGAAUAAGUCCUUCUCUUAAUUGAACCCGCCAUUACGUAGUGGUCAUGACAUUUAAAGUCAUUAAGCGCUCAUUUGUGUGAUCUUUAAUGUCUGGCAAGUGUUGCAACUCUCCUAUGUUCAUGGGAGAGAAAUAGGAGAGAAAAUUCUUUAUAUUGUCAAAAUUGUAAGAAGAAUUUCAAUUUUUGAAAUUAGUUAGGCUCUGCGUUGAGUUUUGUCCUCUUUUGUACUGAUAUCUUAGCGCGUCAGAUGCAAACAACUGAGUUUGAGAGGAUUUUGUCCCAAUUGUGAGAGCAACCCAAGGAGGUCUGGUCAUCCUUAAAGGGAAAGUUGUGGACCAUACUGAAAUAUUGGCCUGUGACAAUAUAGAAAUCCACUUUUAUGUGCAAUACAAAAGAAAAAGGGCUUUCUCUAACAUGCAGAAGUGAGACAAAAUUAUUCCAGACUUCGAUCAACCACAACACAGUUUUGGUUGCAGAUCGAAAGCCACAGUUGGUAGAAGUGAUUUGAAAUGUGUAACAACACAGGCAGGAGAGAACAACUCCAUCAUGUUCAGUGAAAGUCCCUUAGAGGGGGUUGUCAGGGUGGAAGAGAUCGAGCGAAACAAGAAAAUUAUACUGAGAGAGACUGAAAAAAAGAGGACAGUUGGAUCGUUUGCUGCAACUUUGACUGGAAAUGCAACUUGUGUCCCGUUUUUUUUGUGUGUGUGUAUGUGUGCGUACCGUAAUGUAAAAAACUAUCUGUCCCUCUCUCUCCCUCUCUUGUACUGCUGUUUGCUGUUCUGUUUAGUUAGUGUGAUGUGCCAGUAUUUCCUCUCCCCAGCCCUCUUGCUCUCUCUCUCUCCCUUUUCUCCAUGGAUCUUUAAGAUGACAACUCUAUGCAGAUGCUGUCUUUUAUAAGUGUGUCAAAUUUUAAUUUAAAAUAAAAAUGAUUAAAAAAACUAACCCGACAGACAUAUUGAAAUGAUAACAAAAAAUGAAUAAAGAAAAGGAUUGUUCAGUGUA